UUCCUCUUUCGGAUUACUCAAUGGGCGGAAGGUAGUGUGCAGAAUGGAUCCUGUGCUAUUCCCAGGAUGGAAGCAGCAGCUGGAAGAUGAAGAGGAUACCAAUAAGAGCACUCCGAACAAGUGAGGAAACUGGCAACUUGGUGAUGCAUCACACUAGGAAGAAGCCGUAUAACUGUCCAAAUUGUGGAAAAUCUUUAAUUGAUAAUUCCCACCACGUGAGACACCUGAGAACUCACAUAGGAGAGAAACCCUUUGAAUCCUGAUUGUGGGAAAAGUUUCAGCCACAAUUCCAGCCUGAUAAGUCAUCAGAGAACUCACACCGGAGAGAAACCCUUUGAAUGUCCUGAUUGUGGCAAACGUUUCAGUCAGAGUUCAAGCCUGGCGAAACAUAAAAUGACUCACACCGGAGAGAAACCCUUUGAAUGUUCUGAUUGUGGCAAAUGUUUCAGUCAAAACUCCAGCUUGAUGGUACACUAGAGGACUCACAGAGAAGAGAAACCCUUUGAAUGUCCUGAUUGUGGGAAAGGUUUCAGUCAGAAUUCCAACCUGGUGGAACACCAGAUGACUCACACAGGAGAGAAACCCUUUGAAUGUCCUGAUUGUGAUAAAUGUUUCAGUCGGAAUACCAGGCUGGUGAUACACCAGAGGACUCACACAGGAGAGAAACCCUAUAAAUGUCUUGAUUGUGGGAGAAAUUUCAGUCAAAAUUCCCACCUGAUGACACACCAGAGGAUUCACUCAGGAGAGAAACCUUUUAAAUGUUCUGAUUGUGGUAAAUGUUUCAUUCAGAAUUCCAAACUGAGGGUACACCAAAGGACUCAAACAGGAGAGAAACCCUUUGAAUGCCCUGAUUGUGGGAAAGGUUUCAGUCAGAAUUCCAACCUGGUGGAACACCAGACGACUCACACAGGAGAAAAACCCUUUGAAUGUCCUGAUUGUGGUAAAUGUUUCAGUCGGAAUACCAAGCUGGUGAUACACCAGAGGACUCACACAGGAGAGAAACCCUAUAAAUGUCUUGAUUGUGGGAGAAAUUUCAGUCAAAAUUCCCAUCUGAUGACACACCAGAGGAUUCACUCAGGAGAGAAACCUUUUAAAUGUUCUGAUUGUGGUAAAUGUUUCAUUCAGAAUUCCAAACUGAGGGUACACCAAAGGACUCACACAGGAGAGAAACCCUUUGAAUGCCCUGAUUGUGGGAAAAGUUUCAGUCAGAAUUGCAUCCUGGUGAACCAUCAGAGGACUCACACCGGAGAGAAACCCUUUGAAUGUUCUGAUUGUGGCAAAUGUUUCAGUCAAAGCUCCAGCUUGAUGGUACACCAGAGGAAUCACAGAGUAGAUAAACCCUUUGAAUGCCCUGUUUGUGGGAAAGGUUUCAGUGAGAAUUACAGGCUGGUGGAACACCAGACAACUCACACAGGAGAGAAACCCUAUAAAUGUCUUGAUUGUGGGAAAAGUUUCAGUCAAAAUUCCCACCUGAUAACACACCAGAGGAUUCACUCAGGAGAGAAACCUUUUAAAUGUUUUUAUUGUGGUAAAUGUUUCAGUCAGAAUUCCAACCUGGUGGAACACCAGACGACUCACACAGGAGAAAAACCCUUUGAAUGUUCUGAUUGUGGCAAAUGUUUCAGUCAGAAUUGCAUCCUGGUGAACCAUCAGAGGACUCACACAGGAGAGAAACCCUUUGAAUGCCCUGAUUGUGGGAAAGGUUUCAGUCGAAGGUGCAGCUUGAUAGUACACCAGAGGACUCAUACAGGAGAGAAACCUUUUGAAUGCCCUGAUUGUGGGAAAGGUUUCAGUCAGAGUUCUAACCUAGUAAGUCAUCAGAGGGCUCACACAGGAGAGAAACACUUUAAAUGUUCUGAUUGUGGGAAAAUUUUUAGUGAGAAUUCCAACCUGGUGGAACACCGGAGGACUCACAAAGGAGCGAAACCCUUUAAAUGUUCUGAUUGUGGCAAAUGUUUCAGUCAGAAUGCCAACCUGGUGAACCACCAGAGGACUCACACAGGAGAGAAACCCUUUGAAUGUCCUCAUUGUGGCAAAAGUUUCAGUCAUAAUUCUAAUCUGGUGAAACACCAGAGGACUCACACAGGAGAGAAACCCUUUGAAUGUCCUGAUUGUGGGAAAGGUUUCAGUCAAAGAUCCAGCUUGGUGGUUCACCAGAGUAUUCACACAGGGGAGAAACCCUUUGAAUGUCCUGAUUGCGGGAAAAGUUUCAGUCAAAGGUCCAACUUGGUGGUACACCAGAAGACUCACACAGGGGAGAAACACUUUGAAUGUGUUGAUUGUGGUAAGAAAUUCAGGAAGUAUUCCAAACUGGUGAAACAUCAGAGAACUCACACAAGAGAAACAAUAUGAAUUUCCAGAUUGUGGAAAAAGUUCAGUCGGAAUUCUGAUCUACUGAUAUACCAGAGGACUGAUACAGGAUUGAAGCCAUAUGCGUGUCCAGAAUGUGGGAAACGUUUCACUUACCGUUCUGACCUGGUGAAAUAUCAGAAGACUCACAUAGGAAACCAUAUGAAUGUCCACAGUGUAGGUAAAGUUUCAAUCGGAAUUUCAAUUUCAAGUCACUUCUGGUUUGCUCGUAGAGUCAUUUUUUGUCCCCCGGAGCCUUCAGGGAAGCCUCCUGAAGGCCCCUGAAGGCUCUGGAGGGCUAAAACUGGCCGUACGAGCAAAUGGGAAGUCUGUUCCUGCCCUUGUGGUUUGCCCUUAGGGCUGGUUUUUUGUGCUCUGGAGACUUCAGGGAAGCUCCUGAAGCCUCCAGGUGGGGCGGGGAGGCUGUUUUCACCCUUCCCAGGCUCCUAUAAAGCUUCUGAAGCCUGGGGAGGGCAAAAAAGCACUCCAAAAUGGGGGGAUUGCUGGUUGUGCGCGCAUGUGUGCUUCGGUCAUGCGCGUACCAUGGGUGUGGCAUGCCUGCGCACAACCCUGUGCUCCCCCUGUUUUUGGCACGCAAGACAAAAAAGGUUCUCCAUCACUGGUAUAUAAGAAUAUUUCAGUUAGAGUUAAGGAAGAUUUUAUAUAAAGUGAUAUGGAGGUAGUACCUAACACCACGUAAAUUAAAUCAAAUAGAUGGUAGCAAUAGCAAUAGCAAUAGCAGUAGAC